UCCGUCACAGCCUUUCACGCAAAGAACAGGUGCAGGCAACGCAAACAAGUCGGUUUGUGCGGGAUGCAGCGCCUUCGAUCGCCAAGUGAACCCCAGCACUGCUCCAAAACAGGAGCUCGGCUCCAGCUCGACCGUGGAGCCGCUCGGAGCUGUGCGUAAAAAGACGCAAAACCUGCCAGGAAGUGAAGUAAUUAUUUUUAAUCUCAUCGCUCAUUUCCAUAUCUGGAAGGCAGCCAAUCAGCCACGGAGGGGCAGCAAGAGUCGUCAAAGCGCUAUCCUUCCUCCAUCAUAAUUACACUGACAUGCGCAAUCUGCGCAUCAACGGCAGCCCCUCUGCGCUUUUAUUGCGCCGACCCCGCUCAGUCUGACGGCUCCCAUUUGUCGGGGGUAGAUGAUUCGGCAAAAGGCAGCAGCGACUCGCAGAGAAACGUCAGCAUGUCCCGCCGCAAACAAGCCAAACCGCAACAGCUGAAGUCAGGCGGCGGCGCGCCGCAAACUGGACUCCUGUGCGCAAACGGUUUUCUCCGAAGCACACCGGGAAAUGAAGCUGAUGGAGUUGAAGGCAGCAGCGAGGAAACGCAUGUCUGUGACAGAUGCUGCGCUGAGUUCUUCACUUGGUCUGAGCUGCGUGAACAUGACAAAGUGUGCACGGAGGAUCCUUUGGUGCUGAUUGUUAAGGACAAUGGGGGAAUGCCUGCUCUAGCAGAAACUCCUGCCGAAACCUCUCCAGCUCCCAGCAUGGUGUCCAGUGACUCAUCCUCUGCAGAAUCCACAGACGCCGACUUCGAGCGUGGAGACGCUCUGGUGAAUGAUAACACCAGUCUGGAUAAUUUAGAGGAAGAUGGGGAGCGGGAUGACACAAUGGAGCUCGAGCAUCAUGUGCAAGAAAAAUACGCCACGGCCUCUAGUCCUCAACCUCCAGGUUCAGCUGAAUCCGCUUCCCCAAAGGCAUCAGCUGCAGGCAGCUACAGCUUACCGAGUACAAAUGUGACGCUGGAGAUCCUUCACAGCACCAGGGUGGCUGUUGCUCAGUUCUCACAGGGAAUUGUCGGCAGUGGCUCUGGGGGGAAGGUGGCCUCAGCAGCCAUACCUGUGAUCCUGGAGCACCUGCUGGCUCUGCAGCAACAACAGGUCCACCAGCUGCAGCUCAUUGAACAGAUCUGCAGCCAGGUAGCCAUCAUGAACAGACAACCCACGCAAGCGGCGAUAAACCAUUCUAGGUCUCUAUCUCUGGCACCGAAUCCAUUUCCCCCUCAAGGCAUCAUCCCUCCAUCUGUCCUGCCACUAUCAGGAGUCAUGCCUUCAGCCGUCGAUGGACAGGGUGCCGUUUCUUUGCCAUCUGUGCUUGAAAACUCACAAAGUCUGGUCUCACAAACUGAAACUGGGCAACCAGCCUUUAGAGACAUUAAAUGUACCUCAGCCCCAUCUGAAAAUUCGACCCCGUGUCACUCCAGCUGCAGCAUCUCCACGGUGCUGCCUCCUUUUACAGGCUCCAACACAAGCAGCAUUAGCUGCUCGCAAACGCAUAGUUCCCUCAGCCACAACAGCCUCCACAGCUCAUCGCCCAGCCUGCCAUUUCUACCUCAAAGCCCCCCGAGCAGCGUCAUUUUCCCCAAUCCCUUGGCCAGCAUUGCCGCCACUGCUAAUGCUCUUGACCCCCUCGCAGCCUUGAUGAAGAACAAGAAGGGAAAACUGCCGAACGUGUCCUUGUUCGAAACAAAGCCCAGUCCAGAGGAGCCUUUCUUCAAGCAUAAAUGCAGGUUCUGUGCCAAAGUGUUUGGCAGCGAUAGCGCUCUGCAGAUCCACCUGAGGUCCCACACAGGAGAGCGUCCCUUCAAAUGCAACAUCUGUGGCAAUCGGUUUUCCACAAAAGGGAACUUAAAAGUCCACUUCCAGAGGCAUAAAGAGAAGUAUCCUCAUGUUCAGAUGAAUCCGUACCCUGUGCCAGAAUAUCUAGACAAUGUGCCAACAAGUUCUGGGAUUCCCUACGGAAUGUCCGUCCCACCGGAAAAACAAGUCUCCUCAUGGCUGGAUAGCAAACCUGUUGUAGCGAGUCUGCCAGCCACCAUGAGUCUGCCGCUUUCCUCCCCUAUUACCAGUACAGCCGGCUCGAAUGACCCUGUAAGUGCAACACCAUCCGCUAAAUCUUCUCACCAGCCAUCGUCUGCUGAAAGUCUAUCUUUGUCACCUAACCACAAAGGUGGUGUGCUUCAUUUUUCUCCUGUUUCUGAGUCUUCACAGUCUAACCAUGAGGCAGAAGCAUCAAAUAUAGUGAAAUCAGAAGGGGAACACCUGCCGCAAAACUGCAACCUGAGGCUGAGAACCAACAUAGUUACAGAAGCAAGCGGCACCACAAUCUCUUCUGUGGCUACCACACCAGAACCAACCACCUCAGCAUCCCCUGCAUCCACCUCUCCACCCUUGUUAGAAGACAUUAAAUUUCCUACUAGUAGCCUGCUGGACUCUAUGCAAACAUCAGAAACCUCCAAGCUUCAACAGCUGGUGGAGAACAUCGAUAAAAAGAUCACAGACCCAAACCAGUGUGUACUUUGUCACCGUGUCCUCAGCUGUCAGAGCGCGCUCAAGAUGCAUUACCGCAUUCACACCGGGGAGAGACCUUAUAAAUGCAAGGUUUGCAGCCGAGCCUUCACCACCAAAGGAAACCUGAAGACUCACAUCGGCGUUCACAGAGAAAACCCUCCAGUUCAGGUGCAACACUCUUGUCCAAUUUGCCAGAAGAAGUUCACCAAUGCUGUUGUUCUUCAGCAGCACAUCCGAAUGCACAUGGUUGGACAGAUUCCAGACUCAACCCUGGUGGACAAGCUGCAAGAAAUGGAAGAGAAGAGCUUUGUCAACGGCAACGACCUCAUCGAUGACAUUUCCAUAGAGGAUGAUAAUGAAGAAGAGGAAGAGGAGACGGAAAAUACUUUAAACUCUCUUUGUAGUUCUCCUCCUAAACCCUCAGUGGUUGUUUCAAGUAUAGCAGCGCUGGAGAACCAAAUGAGAACAAUCAACUCAAACCUUAACCACUCCUUCACCGUUAAAUCACUUAUCAAUGGCUUUCAUGACAACAGUAAAAGCUUUUCAUCUGAAAAACUGGUGGGACGUGUUGUGAACAGCUCAAACGUGUCGGAGUCCUCCUGUUCUCCUCACAUGUUAGCGUCUCCGACUCUAUGCUCCUCUGAAGGCGUCACUAUCAAAUCUCCUGCUGCGAGCAAUAGGCCAGAAUCCCAAGAGCCUUUGGCAGUUUCGGUGAAGAGAGAACAGUCGGCGUCUCCUGCUUCUCUAUCAGCAUGUGCAGCCGCUGAAACGAGAGAAACACAGUUGAGCAAACUAUGUGUGAAAGAGGAGGCUCCUGACAAUGUGUCAUUCCAGUUGAGCAGAGAAAAAGGGCAAAGUCUUCCUAGCAUAGUUACCAGCUCUGCCUCCAGCACGGUAAAAACGGAGGUGAACGGGCUCAGUCAGCAGAGCAACCAAAGGCAGCUGCCUCCUUUUAGCGUCCACAUCCCGCCAACUUAUCCGUCAGUCUGCGCUCUGGGCAUGACAUCAUCCCUGACGGGCCCCGCGACUCCUCGACGAACGCCGAAGCAGCACAACUGCAACGUGUGCGGGAAAAACUUCUCAUCCGCAAGUGCUCUUCAGAUCCACGAGCGCACGCACACCGGAGAGAAACCGUUCAUCUGCUCCAUCUGUGGCAGAGCGUUCACCACUAAAGGCAAUCUGAAGGUUCACAUGGGAACUCACGUGUGGAACAAUGCACCGGCCAGAAGAGGCCGCCGGCUAUCGGUGGAGAACCCCGUGGCGCUGCUGGGUGGUGAGGCCAUAAAGUUUGGAGAGAUAUUUCAGAAGGAUCUGGCAGCUCGUGCGAUGAAUGUAGACCCUGGAUUUUGGAACCGUUACGCGACGGCUAUCACCAGCAGCUUGGCUAUGAAGAACAACGAGAUCUCUGUGAUUCAGAACCGAGGCCUGUCUUUUCCAAGCCCGAUGGCUGCAGGCGUGGACAGAGUGAGCACCGCAGGAAGCCCGAUCACAAGUCUAACGAAGUCAGCCAUGGAACUGGGAAAUAAUAGGCAUUUUUCUAUGCUGAUUGAUGACAGUAAAGAAAUUGGAAUCAAUUAAAUAAAGCCGAGUGACGACUAAAUACUUAUGCAAACUCUUAUGGAAGCUAAAAUAUUUGUAAAACAUGUUUGUUCUCAUGUAUUAUAUAUAAACUUUAAAAGGAUCCUUUUAUCGACAGAGAAUAGUACAGUAUUCACAUUUUGUGAUUUUACUGUUAUUUGUGAUUAUUUUCCCUAUACAGUAAAUAAUUUGUAUAACACGUACCUGAGAAUUACAAUGGGGCUCACCUGAGAGGUGAAGAAAUAAUGUGUUGAAAGCUGUAAUAUGAGUCAGUUUUCUUCCCGUUGGACAGUCAGCUGAUGCUGCUAGUCAGUGCAAAGCACAAAUACGCUCCUCGUUAUCCACAAGUAAGAGUUUGAAUGGACUAUUGUCAAUAUUACGAUGAAAAAUGCCGCUCUGACACAACAGAUGGACAAAAUAAAAACUAAAAGUCUGUAUGUUCAAUCUGCUACCUCGCUCCGUUUAAACACUUAAGUUUUUCUUGUGUUGAUGUAAUUUUAUUUCAAAACAAUUACACCACAAUAAAUGUUUGACAUGGACUG